CUCAAGAAGAAGAAGGAUGGAGUUGGGCACUCCAGGUAGAAGAAUCCUUCAUUGUGACAUAAGGAGAUUCUGAGGAUGAGAUUUUCUCAAAACAAGGCUUCCAACAGCUGUUGGUAGGGUAUGAGGAAUGGAGAAGAGCACUUACCUUACCCCUAAAGGAAGCUAUUUCUUCCUAAUAUAACCGGAUCCUUGGGAAGGAUUUGUGGUCCUGCCUUUGAAAGGCAGAGGGGCGUGUGCCAUUCGUCAAAUCAGGAACCAUGAAGAGAUAUACAGCGACUUAUCCCUGGCAGGUUCUGAAGAAGGAACGGGAGCUACACCAGCUCAUCCUGGAUGUCGUUGUGAUGAUCCGAGUGUGUAAAAUGUUCCGCCAAGGCCUCAGGGGGUUCCGGGAAUAUGAGAUCACUGAGACUACUCGCAGAAGGCACCCUACCUUCUCCUUCUGGGAUAAAAAGAAGCAAGGCCGAAUCAUAUUUGAUACCAUGGACUACGUGGCAGAAUCGGGUUACUUCCCUCCAAGGGCCAUUGAGAUAGCACAGAAGAUUCCUUCUUGGAGGACGGAGCAGGACGUCCAGUCCCUCUGUAACUUCUUGCAGGUUCUGGAUUGCUACCGGAAUUACUCAGAGCCCCUUCAGCUGCUCCUGGCCAAAGUCAUUCGCUUUGAACGGUUUGGCCGCAGGCGUGUGAUCAUAAAGAAGGGGAUGAAGAGCAACAGCUUUUAUUUCAUCUACCUGGGCAGAGUCGCAGUAACCGAGGAUGAGGAUGGCAGCAGUGCCUUCCUAGAUCCCCAACCAAUGUUGCUGCACAAGGGCGACUGCUUUGGGGAAAUGGGCCUUCUGAGUUCUUCAGUAAGGAGGGCCACCGUGGUCUGUAUGGAAGAAACAGAGUUCUUGGUUGUCGACCAAGAGGAUUUCCUUGCUAAUAAGCUGGACCAGGAGGUUAAAAAGGAUGCUCAGCACCGGUUUGACUUCUUUAGGCGGAUGAGUCUGUUACAUUCUUGGUCUGAUGAGAAGCUCUGGAAGCUGGUAACCCUGGGGAAGGUGGAGAAGUUCUUGUAUGGGCAGCUGAUCUCAAAAGACAUUGUCGAAUCGUCCUCCGUCAUGUUUGUCUGCAGGGGCAGCUGUGAAGUCCUGCGGCUAUUGGACCUUGGGGCCUCCCCUUUCUACUACAAGUGGAUCUGGCAGCAUCUGGAGCUGAUAGAUGACAGAGCUCUGAAAACCAACCUCAAAGAACUUUUUCCUGUGAAGAGAUUUAAGGAAUUCCGGAUCAAAUCAUAUCCUGUACAGGAUUUUAGCUCUCUGAAACUUCUGCGUCUCGAGAAAGCCUGGGAGCAACAGGGGACUAGCUUCAGUAGGAAGAUUAAUACCCUAGAAAACAGUCUCCCAAAGAUGUUGGGCCCAAAGAUCAAAUCCAGGCAACCUCAGCUGCUGGAGUGUCCUAUGAUCAAUACCAAGCAUGGUGAUAUCCCAAAGGAGGCUUCAGUGGGGGCCUACAUCAAGAUCCACACGGUGGAGGAAGGAGAAAUCAUCGGCCUUCACCAGAUCCUCCUCCCAGACAACCAACAAGACUUGCGGCCCUUGAUCCUCGUGAGCAUGGGAGUUGAGUUGAUAACAGUGAGGAAAGAAAAAUUUUGUGAACUGAUUGACAGUAAGGUAACAGAAAAGUUGUCCAGGUUCAAGAUCGGGUACCUCAGCUCCAGAAGGUCAAGAAGUCUGAGGCGCCUGCAGUAGUCCUGGGAGCGCUGUCUAUGGCCUGCAAGGAUGGGGUGACGCUGUUUUGGAACCAGGUGGAGAUGGAGAGGAACUGCUUUUCUGGAAGCCUCCUCCAAAGGAUGCCAGCCCUUUUCCUGUCCAUCACAGAGCAGGAUUAUGAGCAGGAGUUCUGGAUUUAGGCUGC